UACCUGAGAUUGAAAGUGCUAAACAUGCCGAAGUCUGUUUACUUCCCCAUUGUGUUGUGCGUUUUCAUCCACUGUUCUUUGAUCACUGAUGGACAACCACGAUCUAAGAAGACAUUUGUACCCAUACAAAUAGAACCAGAUGAGUCUGCAGAAUAUAACUUCUUGUAUAAUAAACAUUUUAUAAGUAUGCGAGGUAGGCAUCACCACGCGAGUUAUACCUGCUGGCUGUACAACACGACUGCUGAAGAAGUACAACUGGUCCACACACCCGGCGGGAUCAAGCUGGUCGAGCUGAAAGUUAUGCAGCUAGCAAGUUCUCAGGUGGGCAGAGUGGUCAGUACACCGGAAGCACACCGGACACUGAGUGCCCUUGACAACCGGUUUCCACGCUUUUGUCAUACAACCAACAAUGACACGAACAUCAUCUGGCUAGAAGAUGUCUAA